UAUCUUUUCAAAUUUUGCAUGAACUCGUGACUCUUCAUUAUUAAUCACAUCAGUAUAAUUUUCUUUAGAUAUUUGAGCUUCUUCAAUUAGAGAGCCUUGCAUUGGCCUCCUUGACUACCCAGGUCCUUUAGAUCCUUUCUAACACUUAUCCAACAAUGGGCAUUAAAAAUGCAGGUAAAAAUAAUUUUAUAUGGUUGGGCCCAAAACCAGUGGUAAACAUUAUGCAGCCUGAGCUGAUUAGGGAUGUUCUCUUAAAGCACAAUGCUUUUCAAAAAGCGCCGCGGCACCCUCUCCGCAAGCUGCUGGCUUCAGGUAUUGCGUCAUUGGAAGGUGAACAAUGGACUAAGCGUAGAAAGAUCAUAAACCCAGCUUUCCAUCUAGAAAAGCUGAAGCACAUGGUAUCGGCAUUCCAAUUGAGUUGUAGUGAUAUGGUCAAUAAAUGGGAGAAGCAGCUCUCCCUGGACGGCUCAUGUGAAUUGGACAUUUGGCCCUAUCUUCAAAAUUUGACGGGAGAUGUUAUUUCAAGAACAGCAUUCGGUAGUAGCUAUGAGGAAGGAAGAAGGAUAUUCCAACUCCAGAAAGAGCAAGCACUACUUGCAGUCCAGGUUACUCGGUCAGUUUAUGUUCCAGGAUGGAGGUUUUUUCCAACAAAGACAAAUAGGAGAAUGAGGCAAAUUAGCAGUGAAGUCAAUGCAUUGUUGAAGGGUAUCAUUGAGAAAAGAGAGAAGGCAAUGCAAGCUGGCGAAACUGCUAAUGAUGAUUUAUUAGGUCUACUAAUGGAAUCCAACUACAGAGAAAUGCAAGAAAAUGAUGAGAGGAAGAAUGUCGGAAUGAGCAUCAAAGAUGUCAUUGAGGAGUGUAAGCUAUUCUACCUUGCUGGCCAAGAGACUACCUCGGUUUUACUUCUGUGGACAAUGGUUCUAUUAAGCAAACAUUCAAACAGGCAAGCUUGCGCAAGGGAAGAGGUUUUACGGCUUUUUGGUAAUAAAAAACCAGAUGGCGAUGGCUUAAAUCACCUCAAAAUUGUGAGUAUCAAUCCAAUCUAUAUUCAAUUUAGUAACUCUCCUUGAAAAUAAUAUACUCCUU